AUGGCAGCCACCACCAGCAGCAACGACCGGUUCAAUACCGACGCAGCGACAUGGGACGGGAAUCCGACGGUGCAGCGCGCCACAGCGCUCGCUCAUAAAGCUUAUCUCGCCCACCUCGAAGCUGACACAGACGCUACAGCGCUCGCCACGUCCGACGUGCUCGAGAUUGGCUGUGGCACGGGCUUGCUCUCGCUGGCCCUGGCACCAGCAGUGGCUUCGCUAGUAGCCGUCGACCCGGCCAAGGGCAUGAUUGCCGCGCUGAACGCCAAGCUUGAGAGCCAACCCUCGACCACCAAUGUGCGCACCGUAUGCGCCACUCUCCACGGCGCAGAUGACCCACGACUCCAAGCGGCUGUUGCAGCGGGCACCGGAGUAAAUAACGGAGGAGAAAAAGGAAGACGGCGCUUUGACCUCGUCGUAUCUCACCUGGUGCUGCACCACGUCCCAGACCUCGACGAGCUGCUGGCCGUCAUGUUUGCCUGUCUCCGCACUGGUGGCCGCGUGCUGCUGACCGACUUUGAAGAUUUUGGACCCGCGGCUCGCAGCUUCCACCCUGAGGCCAAGAUGGACGGCGUCGCCCGCCAUGGGCUCAAGCGGACAGAAAUGGCGGCCCUACUGGCGUGGGUGGGGUUCGAGGACGUGAGGGUCGAGACGGCUUUCUCUGUGGACAAACAUGUCGAGACGCAGCCGGGCAGUGGAGACGUCGGCCCACUCGUGAAGUUUCCAUUUCUGCUCUGCUCGGGUAGAAAGCCGUGA